AUGGCUGAGCAGCAGGUUCCUACCUUCAAGCUUGUCCUUGUCGGUGACGGUGGUACUGGAAAGACCACUUUCGUCAAGCGCCAUUUGACUGGCGAGUUCGAGAAGAAGUACAACGCCACCCUCGGUGUCGAGGUCCAUCCUCUCGCUUUCUUCACCAACUACGGUGAGAUCAAGUUUGAUGUCUGGGAUACUGCCGGUCAGGAGAAGUUCGGUGGUCUUCGUGACGGAUACUACAUCAACGGUCAGUGCGGUAUCAUCAUGUUCGAUGUUACCUCCCGUAUCACCUACAAGAACGUCCCCAACUGGCAUCGGGAUCUCGUCCGAGUUUGCGAGAACAUUCCCAUCGUCCUCUGCGGUAACAAGGUCGAUGUGAAGGAGCGUAAGGUCAAGGCCAAGACCAUCACUUUCCACCGAAAGAAGAACCUCCAGUACUACGAUAUCUCUGCCAAGUCCAACUACAACUUCGAGAAGCCGUUCUUGUGGCUCGCCAGGAAAUUGGUCGGCAACCCCGCUCUGGAGUUUGUUGCCUCGCCCGCUCUCGCUCCCCCUGAGGUCGAGGUUGACGAUGCUUUGAUGAACAAGUACCAGGCCGAGAUGGAGCAGGCUUCCGCUAUGCCUCUUCCUGAUGAGGAUGACGCUGACUUGUAA